AUGAGCGGAUCUGCCGUCGCUUCACGUGGUGGAAGAGCGCGGACUGCCUGCGAUCUAUGUCGGCAUCGGAGGAUUGGCUGUGACAGAGCGAAACCAGCCUGCGAAACAUGUACUCUUGCGGGGGUGCCUUGCACUUUCACUCCAACAGCGCAGCAACGGAAAAGUGUUCGCGAAGAGCUGGCCGAUGCGAAAGAUAGAGUACGACAUUUGGAAGAAGCAUUGAGGGCCGAGCGAGAGAACCGUCUGAAUUCGGACCAAUAUACGCCUCCUAAAGCUCUUUCAAGCGGAAGCAGUCCUCUUGAAGUCCCUCCCCAAUUACUCAGUUCAUGGUCAGCCACCAAUUAUUUGCUUGAAUCCCACAGCUUCGAUGCUGCGCUAUCAAACUUCCGGUGGCAUCUCGGGUUCUGCGGCCCUCGCGCCGCUCCUUUUGCUCUAACACCAUCCUUCUCCUCCACCGUUUACGAACGGACGGGGUUCGUUCUCAAUAUUGAAGAUUUCUUAAAUCAGCUAGCGCAAUCAUUCAAACUGCAGCAUCCAACACAUUCAACGAGGACCAUUGUUCCGAAGUGGCCUCCACAGUCUCUAAUACAGCGUUCGAUAGAGUACUUUGCGAAAAACAGACUCUAUUCCAUUUUCCCUGCUGUCGACUUGGAAAAUACACCCAUUCAUCUCGAUUCAAAAGCCCUUGGAAAUCCCGACAGCACAACCAGUCCUGCCAACUACGCCUGUCUGGUGGCUUUAACGGCUCUGAUAACCCGAAUCCGCGGGAAUGACCUGGCUUUUGCUGACGCCGACCCUGAUGCGUAUGUGCAAGCAGUGCUGACUUUGUUACCCGAAUUGAUAAUAGACAAUGCCAACAUACGAAGCCUUGAAGCUCUCACCUUGCUAGUCCUGUACAUUGCCCCCCUUGGUCAACCGCGGCCGGCAGGUAUUCUACUUGCCAUGGCUAUACGAAUGCUGUAUAAUAUGGGAGCAAACCGAAACAGGGCACCCCCCGAUGAGACUUUAGAACAGAGCCAACACCGCCAACACGUGCGAGCUCUGUUUUGGGUGUGCUACUCCAUCGACAAAGAAAUGUCGCUUCGAGAAUGCAAGGCUCCUUUAAUAAACGAUGCCGACUGUGAUCUGCAUCUGCCUGCCGCUUAUGUCUCGACUUCCUCUAAUCGGUCAUUCUUUCCAGAGCCUUUAUCAACGAAAGAGCUUCUCCUCCCGUCGGACCUUCGUCUUGCCCUAAUAAAAUCCAAAAUACAGCAUUUGCUGUACUCUGACCAUGGUAUAGCCCAGCCUGAAGCAAGGCGGAUUCAAUACAUCCGUGAAUUGGAUCAGGAGCUGAGUGACAUCAAAUCGAACUUUCCGGUUACGUGUCAACCGGAAGACGUCUUGGACCGAAGCGUGCCCGAUUCCUUACUUCAUGAUCUCAGUCUACGGGGUGUGAACAUACAUCUGGAGUAUUACUACUGUCUAGCAAAGAUUCAUGGAGCGAGCAAUAAUGGAGGUAUACCAUCUCGUGAGAGCUGGUCCCUACUACCGUCUAGUAUGGAGAUUUGCCACCAGUCAGCACGGUCCACUUUACUCUAUCUCAGUCGAAUGCGCCAUUCGAUAAUGCCUGAAACCUUCUGGUUGCUUCUGCUUACUGCAGUAAUCUCUCUCUUUUGGCAACUGAUUACCACCUUUCCUCCCUCACCGACUUCCGAGGAAGACCUGCAGAUCAUAGAGGAGACCGCGAUCCACAACUAUGUCUCCCGCCUCUCACCCCACCUCUACAAAUACCCAAAAUACACCCACCAAAGCCCCGAACAGCUCCAACAACUAGCCCAAUCGCAAUCCCAGACCGAUACCCCGGCCGUCCCGCUCAUCCAAUCCAACGCACCGACGCCCAUGGACAUCGCGCUCCGGGAUCUGAUUACCCAGUUACAGCCCUACGGGUUAACGAAGGGCGAGGUACUGAUGAUUGUUAAUCUGGGUGUGGGGAUGCAGGAUGCGCCUGCGGGGGCGGGUGAGGAUGGACAGGAGGAGGAAGGGGGAGAAGAAUCUGGGGAGGGCGAGGGCGAGGCUGUUAAUGGGAAUGGGGACGGGAUGGAUGUUGAUGUUAAUGGGGAGGGGAACGCCGAGGGGGAGGCCGAAUUGGGGGAGGAGGAUUAUGGAGCGCUUGCGCUGUUGGAUACUGUUAUUGAAGAGAGGGAGGAGCGGUUCAGUGAUGAGGAUGUGGUGGCUAUUCUGG